UCUGUGUUUGAAUUAUUAUACUUUUGACUUUUGUUUGUUUAGUUUGAUACCAUUUGUCCGAUAAUUAUGGUUACAGUGUGGUCAUCGUCGUCACUGUUGUUGUUGAUAAUGAUGUUGAUGUCCGUGCAGUGCACCAUCUGGUCUGACGUGUCGUCGUCUUCGCUGAUAUCGGUCGCCAACAAUGGCAACACUACUAACAGCAGUCGCCAUCAAUUGGUUCGCCGAUCAGCAGAUGAUUGUAAGAAACUGUAUGAAACUSUAGACAAAUGUAUUGCUAAUAAAUGGGGAUUAGUAAUGGAUGAACAACUUCCASAACUAGUUCCACAACCAGAAYCGUAUCGAAUUUGUUGUAGUUUUUUGGAGAUCUCGUGUUUUGGUAAGACAUCGUUGAUCAAUGAAUGUCCAGAACUUUUGAAAAGUGUCAAAGAUAUAGCCGAACAAAAUGAGAAAAAUAUUUGGACUAGUCUUCAAAAUGUAGCUUAUUGUGCUUUAAAUGGAUUCAAAUAUCCCGACCAAUGUCUGAAAUACAAUACCAAUCCGGUAACUGAUCCAAUAUGCAAAAAACAUUUGCCGUGUCUGAAUGGCGAUCCAUUAGAUAUCAAACGGAUCCAACAGUGCGUAAAUAACAACGGCAGCCGUCCUGGACUUCAGCUAUUGAUGGCAAUCAUGACUGCCGUAUCAUUAAUAGUGAUUGCAUUUUGAUUUUUUGAUUUAAUCUAAAUGUUUGAUGAUUUCCUACUA